GUGGCCGAGGGUCGUCUACGCAUCGUGCCUGAGAUGCACGUUCGUACUUGGAACAGCUGGUUAACAGAUUGUCAUGACUGGUGUAUUUCUCGGCAGUUAUGGUGGGGGCACCGUAUUCCGGCUUAUCAUGUGUCCAUUUUCAACUCAGAGACAGGUGCCUACGAUAUGUUGGACGGUACACUGAACAGUUCGUGGGUUGUUGGUCGCACGGAACAAGAAGCCUUGGAACACGCGUGUCAACAAUUCAAUUGCCAUCCGGAUGUGAUUCGUCUCACUCAGGACACAGAUGUACUGGAUACAUGGUUCUCCUCACAACUCUUUCCUUUCUCCGUUUUCGGUUGGCCUGAUGAUACGCCCGACUUGCGCGCCUAUUAUCCGGGCAAUUUAUUGGAAACAGGACACGAUAUCCUAUUCUUUUGGGUCGCCCGAAUGGUCAUGGUCGGAUUGCGUUUACUCGGAAAACUCCCUUUCGACACGGUCUACUUGCAUGCAAUGGUGCGCGAUGCUCAUGGGAAGAAAAUGAGCAAAUCGCUUGGCAAUGCCAUCGAUCCAGUGGAUGUGAUUCACGGAAUCAGCUUGGAAGCCCUGCAGAAGCAACUUGAAACUGGCAAUUUAGAUCCUCGAGAACUGAAGCGUGCAUGUGAGGCUCAGGCCAAAGACUUCCCAAAAGGUAUUCCUGAAUGUGGGACGGACGCGUUGCGCUUUGCUCUCUGUGCUUACACCAAACAAGGACGAAACAUCAAUCUGGACAUCCUACGUGUACAGGGAUAUCGCUUUUUCUGUAACAAGCUCUGGAAUGCAGUC